AUGCGAUUCAUUCAGUCAGUCAUUCCGUUUGCCGGUUACUCAACGUCAUUGCAGUGUACUCCUGAUACUAAUCACCGGUUUUUCUAACAAUGCCUGUUACAGCAAAAAAGUAUGUUUUUGCGGAACGGUUUGUGGGCGAACCAAAACUAUCCGACUUCAAACUGGUUGAAGAGGAGUUGCCACAGUUGAAAGAAAAUGAGGUGCUGGCUGAGGCCCUAUUUUUGAGUGUUGAUCCCUACAUGAGAGCUUAUGUGGAUAGACUCCAAAUCGGACAAGUGAUGAUUGGUGGACAAGUAGCAAAAGUACUAGAUAGCAAAAAUCCAAACUACAAAGUCGGUGAUAACAUAUUCGGUCAGUUGGGAUGGCGAACACAUACGGUAUUCAAUCCAUCGACUGAUGCAAAUUUAUUGCCACCAUAUGUUCUUCCGUCAUUUGGGGAGCUUCCAUUAUCAUUGGCUAUUGGUGCUCUUGGUAUGCCAGGUAACACGGCGUAUUUUGGCUUUCUCGAAAUUUGUGAACCAAAAAUUGGUGAAACGGUAGUGGUAAGUGGUGCAGCGGGAGCAGUUGGCAGUCUAGUUGGUCAAAUAGCCAAAAUAAAGGGCUGCACUGUUAUCGGCAUUGCUGGUACCGACGACAAAUGUAACUGGCUGAAAGCGGAACUGGGUUUCGAUCAUGUCAUCAACUACAAAACGGAAGAUAUUGCUAAGUCAUUGCAUGCUGCCGCACCCAAUGGUGUCGAUUGCUAUUUCGACAAUGUUGGUGGUGAAAUGAGCUCCAUUGUACUAUCGCAAAUGAAUCUGUUUGGCCGAGUAUCUUGUUGCGGAUCGAUUUCCUCGUACAAUUACGAUUCGAAUGACCGACCCAAAGUAUCGGUCAUUCAGCCGAGCAUGGUGUUUAAGCAAUUGAAAAUGGAAGGUUUCAUAGUUAAUCGCUGGAACAAUCGCUGGAUGGAAGGCAUAAGACAGAUGCUUAAGUGGAUUAAAGAUGGGAAGAUAAAAUGCAAUGAAACGUUCACUGAGGGAUUUGACAACAUUCCCACAGCUUUUAUUGAAAUGCUUCAAGGUAAAAAUGUUGGAAAAGCUGUUGUGAAAGUCUAGACAGCAUACUGGUUGAGAGAAGGUGACAGCAUGCAAUUUUUGUACCAUCAAAGAAACGUGAAUGUUGUCAUGUUUCCUGAUUUCCAACUAUUCAUAAACUACCAGAAGUCUUGGUUAAAUCUAAAAAUUUAUUUUGAAUGUUGAAUGAUGUCCUAAA